CAGCUGCCUGAGCAGAAACCAGCCAAUUCCAAAUCGUCACAGAGAGCUUCUUCAAGAACACGAGCAAAAUGAAAUCUGCUGCAGCUUUUGUUGUUCUCGCUUGCCUGCUUGUGGUGCACGUACAAGGUCAGGCCAGGCCUGGGGUAAAGAGGUGCUUAUGUCAAGGUUCUCUGGUGAACAUGGUUCGUCUACAACGUGUUGAGAAGAUUGAAAUUCAUCCGGAUGGUCCAGCUUGUGAAAACAUGGAAAUUAUUGUCACUUUGAAGAACGGUGCAGGGCAAAAAUGCUUGAACCCAGAUUCCAGUUUUACCCAGAAUUACAUCAAGAAGGCCAUUCAAGACAGGAGCACCCAGUAAAACACAAUGGCAAUGAAGAUGGAAGAGGGGGCUGUAAACAUCCUGCAUUAAGCCCUAUUAACCAUAAAUACUGUAUAUAUGUACAUACUAUAUGUAUAUGUAUGUAUUUAUUUUGUAAUAUGUAAUUGAAAUACAAAGUAGUUUUGUAUUUUUUGAUGUUUUAACUGUUGUCUGUGUAUGAAAUAAAAAUAAAAAAAUAAAUUUUGUUCAUGAUGCUGCCUGAAACC